AUCAUCAGCGCAUGAUGAUCCUCGUUUCCGUUUGUAAAGAUGAACUCGGAUUCUCAGCUCACACAAGGCUGGAAGAGUCAAGAUUAAUGCCAUGGAGAACUAGAAAAAAGCUCGGAUAUGUUCACACAGAUUUUCCAUAACCUUUCCCUAGGUUGUUCUCGCUGACAAAUCUACCCGUCAUCUUCCCUCGUCUUUUCACCAUGAUUUCUCCAGAUUUUCAUCUCUUUUUUAACCUCUGGGACGGGUCUGAGGCGUAAAGGUGAACUGUCAAGUAGUGCAAGGUAGAGCCUGAAGGAAUAUUAUCUUCCACAAGCCUACAGGCUACAGGUAUCUCGUAUGCAGAACUUUUUGCCUCUCCAAACUUAUAAAAUAGAUCCCGAGAGCAUGUUUGCAGGUCCUACCAGCAACUGAUAAAGAUCUGAAGAACAGAUAGCAAAGGAACAAUCUGGGAAGCAGAAUCGGAUUCUGACAGCGCACGUCGAGCCCGCCCACGAGGAAACGAAGAAGCGAGUGGCCAUAAAAAGAGGCUCUUAAGCAGCGCUAAUUCCCCACUUUCUGCACCUAAGGUUCCUUGCUUUCCUCGCAACUUUGGUUCCCCGGAACCCGAAGCUUUCUCCGGUCAGUCGCCGCCACCGCCGCCGAGGAAGAGCAGCCUCGUCGUCUUCAUGGACUACAGGUUCUACUGCAUGACCCUGAGGAUGAGCAUAGACUGCAACGGGUGCUACCAGAAGAUCAGGAGGGCGCUGCUCCAGAUGCAAGAGCUGGAGAGCCACCUGAUUGACCGGAAGCACGGCCGGGUGAGCGUCUGGGGCGCCUUCAGCCCGCAGGACGUGGCCAUCAAGAUCAGGAAGCGGACCAACCGGCGCGUCGAGAUACUGGAGCUCAGGGAGGCCACAGGGCCAGGGGGCGGCGACGAGCAGGGCGCCGGCGGCGGGCAGAUGCCCUGAAACCCACCUUGUAUGGCUUGUGCCAGCACUCGGAUGCUGCUCCAGUUAGCUUCUGUACUUGAAACUUUUCAGAGGAUUUACCCCUUCUUGUGUGCGAGCUUAUAAAGUCAUCAUUUUGAUCUGUACUCCUCAUGACCUGUUUGAGUGAAGUUCACCACUUAGUUAUUUCACCA